UAUUUUUAGAUUUGACAGUUUUCUGUGUGUAGGCUUUAUCAAAUUUCUCCAUUGGUGGCAUAUGUCACAUAAACACAAAUACUCAGUUUUGGGGUGCUUUGUUUCUUUUGUUAAUAAUACUAAUGCUGUGUGAAUUGAUAACCUUUGCUAUUGUCGAGACGUCCACGAGGCUGCCGCAAAAUAUUUGAAUCAAUAAUUCGGUGAUAAGCCGUCUUGUCAUUGGUAUCACAAACCAUUCAAACAGUGAACGUGAAACGUACCGGUCGGCAAAAGCGGUGGCAUCGGCUAUUCAACUGGGUGGAGAAUCAUUGAACAUAACGCUAGACCAAUGGCUUUGAUUACAACAUUCGCACGUUUCGGCUUGCAGCUGAGCAAUGCGGCUAAAAAGUCUUUGCGUGCUACAGCCUCGCCGUUUAAUCAACAGUGGCGCUCCUUCAAUGUGAGCAGUUUAUUGCUAGCAGAGCGUCGCUACACGGAAAAGCACGAAUGGGUGUCGGUGGAUGGCACAACGGCAACGGUGGGCAUUUCCGAGUAUGCACAAGAUGCGCUUGGGGAUGUAGUUUUUGCACAGCUACCGGACCCGGGCACAGCAUUACAACAGCACGAUGAAUGUGGUGCAUUGGAGAGCGUGAAAGCGGCUAGUGAACUGUACUCACCACUUAGCGGUAAAGUGACUGAGAAGAAUGACACCGUUGAGGAGACGCCCGGUUUGGUUAACAGCAGCUGCUACGACAAAGGUUGGCUGUUUAAGUUGACUGUGAGCAAUACAGCUGAACUUGAAAAGUUGAUGAGCGAGACUCAAUAUAAAGAGUUCCUCAAGGCUGCAGAACAUUAAUUGGAGAAUAAUGGUUGCUUUAUUUAUCGGUAUGAUCGUCUUAUCGCAAAAACAAAAAUAUGUUUAAAUAUUAAAAAGAAUCUUUCGCUUGCUUUACGUUGUUGCUUUACAAGAUAAUUGGGGUUUAUACUAUAUACAUACAUAUGUACGUAAGAUUAUAAAUAUUAACAAAAUGUAUAAAUUUUAUGUGGUAAUCAUUUUGUACCAUAGUUCUAGGCUUAGUUCGUAUAUUUGUUGCCAUGCAUCUAAACACACAUUUUUGUUAUAAACCAGAAGAGAACGCAUUUAUGUGUUUUUGGCGCGUGGAAGUCAAUAAAAUAUAAAUGAAAAAAAAAAAAAAAAUGAAAUUUAUAUUGAAUGUAUUGAAACAGA